AUGGAUAAUACAGUGAGGAAACAACUUUGGAAUGUUGAGACGCUUAAUGAGAAUAAGCUGGAUGAUACAGUGAAGAGGUUUUUAGAAGAUGGCAUCCUCGACGCUGGCGGAUGGCCAUUGUUGCUGCCAAUAUACAGCAUCACAAAUGUAGCAGUGAACCCCUACAAUAGAAUCCUGGAAAAGAGGCAUCUGGAGAUGAAGAUAAGCUUUUAG